UACCUUCUCUCUCGCUUCCACUUGCUUUCUCACACAACUCCAUGUGCCCCUCGAUACCCCCAAUUCUGUCAUGUUGCGACACAUUGCAGUUAGAUAUAGCGCCUUCUCUCGCGCCGCCCGAAGCCGUCUAAAGUCCCCAUUCACAACCUUGGAUAAUACCGCCGCCACGACACACUCGGCGCACCCUGGAACACUGGGCCGGGCUGGAGCUGAUUGGAUUCGUCGUCCUCGAGCCAUGAGCAGUAGCUUGGCAGGACCUUCUCGGGUCUCCAGGACCGAAACAUAUCUCGACUACGCGUCGACCCGUGACAUCGAUUUUGACCAUAUCGAAUCAAAUUUGACGUGCACACAGUUUCGCGAUUCCGUCUGGGGGUUCGUGAUAUAUCGGUGCUCUGAAGGUAAUCAGACAGCUUGGAUUGGCCUGCUGGAAGCCUUACGCAGCAAGGUCCAAGAAAGCCUCGCGUUUUACAUCCGCGAAGAUAUGCUGAAAUUCCACGAUCUCCACGUCAUCGACGAGAAGACACUGUACGGAGCCACGUCCCACCAAGUCCGAGAUCACUUCCAGUCCUGGGUCCCAAAGAACCUCGACGAUCGUCUCCUGCCGAAUGCUACUAGUCCACAGGAUGAGCUUGGCUGGCUCUACGCAACAUCCACGCCCAGAUACGAAUAUUGUCUCUUCGUGGAUGACCUCUGUCUCGAGUCUAUGGACCAUCCAGGUGGUGACUCGCCAGUCGUGAAGAUUCUGUGCAAGAAGUGGGAGUCUCCCUUUCCCCCACAGGAGAGGAACUACACAGUGCCUUCCCCGUUCCAUGAUGGUGCCACCGAGUACGAAGAGGAAGAUGUGGGCUGGAUGUACAUGCCAGUGGACGGAUACCUAGAUAAGUAUGAUUUGCUUGGGAAAUGCGACUGGGACGACCAGUACGUGAGGCCUCCAUACAUUAACGGAUUCGAGGAUGAGAGUGUAUUUGUCGGGCAUUGGAGGCGAGAUUCGUAAUUAAGGAGGCUUAGGCUGCGAGUGAGUGUGAGGACCGUUGCGGCGAUUGAAUCUUUCCAAGUUGAAUGUCAUUAUAGAACUUUCUCUUUAGUGAUAUUAGUUGGGAGGUUUCAACCAAGUCAAGAACUUUUUGCGAACCAAUUGAAG